CUAGCAGAGGCUGCAGAGCCGGCCGAGAAGUCCAAACUCAAAGCCAGAUUCCCAGCCGCCUCGCCUCGACGUCCUUUUACGUCGACUCAAUUGAUCAUCCCACGGCCAGUGUCAAGACUAUACUCCAGAAAGGCACCCCUAGCCCCGUUCCCGUACCCGCACCCGCACCCGCACCCGUGCCGGACAGCCGGCCGUCCCCGAACCAUCUUCCAUCCGGACUUCGAACAUUUUUAGCUGGCGGGCGUGAUGGACUCCUCGUCGUGGAGUGCCCCGGACCACAGUCACCAUCAGGCCCUACACACGGCAGCCGAUGAUGACUUCCACCAGUUCUUGGAUAUAAACGAUAUUGGGGCUUUGGACUUUGACUUUCACGACUUUGCGGCCGACCACCAUACCGCCCACCAUGCUGGCCACCAUGCCGCCGACCAUCUUCUACAUUCGUCGGGGGGAGAGCAGCUGGACACCCCCAUGACUGGUACUGACAUGUCCAUGAUCCUAUCGCCCGUAGACCACGCCAUGCUCCAACAUGCGCAACAGCAACAUCAACACCAACAGCAUCAGAUGCCCACCAUUACCACGACUGCGCCAUAUCAGAACGCCCCGACGGCCUUGAUACAGCCAUCUACGCCCUCGGACGCUAUCGUCAACACCAUCGAUGCCCAGAUCCAGUUCCUCCAGCAGCAAAAGUUGCAUGCUCAGCACCAGCAGCUGCAAGAGCAACAAGCCGCCUUCUUCGCCAACCAACAGAAUCACAUAGUUCCUCCAACACCUCAGAGCCUGGAACUCACUGCUGGAUCUAGUCAGAAUUACUAUGCCCAGUCAACACUAUCUGAUCAGCACCACUCCGGGCGACAGCAACAGCAGCAGCCGCAACAGCAGCCGCAACAAGCCAUCGACUACCGAUAUACAAGGAUCAAAGACCAGCAUGAUAUGUCCUUCACCCCGUUGGUAUCACCGGCCGUCACGCCGCUGGAGACCCAUUUCCCCAUCGAUACUCCGUUUGCCGUCCCUGGAGCUUACUUCAGCCCCCUUACCUCGCCAGCCUUGCAUGCGCAAAAUGACGCGUUGGGUAUUAUUGACCAGAGGCUCGGCAUGAUGAGCGGGAGCUCGCCAAGGGAGAUGGAACUCGAACCACCUGCCAUGUCCCAAGCGAGCGUUAGCCCAGGCGAUUUGGCUAGGAAGACGCGCAAGAACGCAGUGAAGGCCAGGGCGAAGAGCAGCGGUGGCAUCAAACAGUCUCCCAUCUCGAAGCCGAUACGCAGAAAGACGGCUACCACCCCGAUGCUUAACCCCCAAGCUUUGAACCAACUGAUCGAGAAUGCGGUGCCAAGUCAGGAACGCCAACAACCUCCUACGCCGCUACUACAGACCUCAUCUUCGUCCACAGCUGGUGUAACUGACUCUGAGAAUGGAUCCGUCUCCCCCCAUAACCUUAAUGAUGUUGUCUCGCCAGUUGAGAUGCCCCCGCCACCACUUCCGAAGCCUCGAUCCGCCAAACCAUCUCCUUUUCUGGCACCUCAAGCGAGCAGUAGCGCUGUGCCUAUUACCCUCCAGCCGGGAAGGCCUGGAAUCGCCUCUCCUGCGACACCGGCAUCACUGAUGAAACUGAGUUCGCCGAGCAAUCGCAACCCUGAACCGACUGGAACUGCAUCUCAUGACCCAAUGGAUGCCGACCAUAUCGAAACCUUUGAGCUCCCGGACUCCAUCAACUGGUCGUCAGCACCAAAACCGGCCCCUAUCAUCACCACUCUUGGAACGCCGGCUCUCGAUCCUAUCCAAAAGGCCGCCGCGCCUCUACAAUCGCCAAGCCUCCCACCACCACCAUCUCCUGUGGUUACCAAGCCUUUAGCCCUGCCCUCUGCGGCUCUUUCCAGCCCGCAACUGAAGCCCGAUUCAGCUAACAGCCACAAACGGACACCCCAGCUUGCGCCCAUGGGAAGAUAUAGCAAAAAGCGUGGAAGCGUGGCCUCGGUUCAGAUCUCACCGGCCCUUCGACCCAAGAUGUCGCCCAGCAUCAAGCCUCUGCUACCAGGAGGUUCCACGGGUGCCGAGGAAGCAGCAUCGCUUUUGCUCGCCACCAAAUCCAACUACCAGCGCAUUCUCGAGGGCAGCACCGUUCCCGGCGUCUCGUAUCCCAGCGAGCUUUCUACCAAUCUCACAUCGAAGCGGACGUCGCACAAGAUUGCGGAGCAAGGCAGGAGGAACAGGAUCAACUCGGCGCUGCAGGAGAUCGCCACGCUUCUGCCGAAAGUUCCUGGGAAGGAGGGGAGAGAUGGGGAUGGAGACGGUAAUAGCAGCAGUGGUGGUGGCGGUGGCAGCGGGGGUGCUGACAAGGAAGAUAAGAGGGAGAAGGAUAAGGACAAGGCUGGAGGGGGAAUACCAAACAGCAAGGCGAGCACGGUGGAGAUGGCGAUUGAGUAUAUCAAGCAGCUACAGAAAGAGGUGGCUGAGGCGAACAAGAGGGCGGAAGAGGCGGAGAGGAAGUUGGGGGAGAUGAAGAUGCAGGGCGGCACCGCGACGGGGCUUGGAUCACCAGGUGGUGACGCUGGGGAUGCAACCACAGAGGCUAAUCCGGUCAUGGAUGGGGACCUGAAGGCUGGCGGUGGUGACGCGAUGGAUGAAUAAGGGUGUUGAGAUCAGAUGAAAACACACGCACGGGGAUAUCUUUCAACACGUGCGACAAAUCAUGGGUGUACAAACAGGUGAGCGGGAUAUGACCAAGUGGGCAGAAAAAAGGUUGAUUGUCUUUGGGUACAAUCAUGCAGGUGUUUAGAGUGGGCGAAAUUCUUCUUUGUUUUCUAUGAUACAAGGUAAUGUUAACAUGUCCCGUGGGUGGAUUCUGGGCA